AUGCAGCGGGCCGACAACGGCGCGCAGCUCCAGAUGCUUCUGCGCGUCAACGAAUACGUGCAGGAGCAGCGACAGACGUACAUGACACUGUCGUUAGGCGAGCAGCGUCGACGUGGUCCGCUCCUGUUAGAAGACUUGCUGACCAUGGUGAUGCACAACCUCCUUCUGGAGCCAGAGAACAGUGAAGGCGACGACGACGGUGGUGUGCAACGACCAAGGGCGCGUGCGGGGAUGGCCAGCGGGGCCCGUACCAUGGAGGUGCUCGCUUCGUCGACGAACUCGUUGCCCUUCGCUCUCCGCGACGUUCCUGCCCUUGCCAACGUGGCGGCGCUGCAGCUUCGGCUAACAUCCACUGUCAUGGCAGCCAUCAGCACUCGAGCCAUCGUAACGGUUCACGAGCUGGAGGAGUGGGUCUGCGCUCAGGAGGGCGUGGAGCACUUCGCCGAGCUCGGGCUCGGUGUCGGCUUGCAGGUGUUGCCGGUUGUGCAGGAAUACUUUCAGCUGCGCGCGAACUCCGUCGUGUUCCCAGUGCGGGCUCGGGACGUGAUCGCGUUUCUGCUGAGCGAUACCACGGCGAGGGACAUGUUGCUCUACGGCGGCGGCGACACCCGCGACUUGCUAUACCGCUUCGCCGCCUUCUAUGAGCGUCACGUACUCCGCAACGCCUCGCCGUCGUCCGCCCCUGCAGCAGUGCGUGGACAGGGCCGAUUGCUGAACGUGCGCCAGCUCGGCAUUCACGUGCAGGACUACACCGCGCUGCUCGCGGCGCUGACGCAGGAGCUGGCGAGUGCACACCAGCUUGAGCAGCAGCAGUACCAGCGGUGGAUAGAGAGCUGCGCCACCGCAGAGACAGAGGUCACCCAAACCGCCAGCACUCGCGACUCGGCGGGUGUGGCGGUUGCGAAGGAUAGUGCCGCUGGUGAAGAUGCACUUGUGAGAGCCGCGUCUUUCGAGGUGGCGGCUCGGCGGGAGCGGAACCGGGCACUAUACGAGCGUGUAUUGCACUCCUUUGACUCCGCCUGCGCGCACGCGGAGCUUGUCGAGGGCAUGCGACGCACACACGAGAAGGUGCUCUGCGCCAGUCUCGGUAGUGACGCCGAUGCUGUGCCGCGCGUGAGGCCUGCCGGCGCCCGCGCCAUGCAAUUUGCCGUCACCCUCACUGAGGCGGAGGCGCGCACCUACAGUCUCCCUCUGUCGCUGUGGCGCACAGCGCCUCUGGACGAUGAAGCAUGCAGCUUACUGGCGGGCGGCAAUGGAUGGGGAGGAGGGGUUGAGCUGCGCUUCCACGUGGGUGCGUUGACCGAGCCGGAGGUGAGCCGGGCAGCGCAAGGACCCGCACAAGGCAGCAGCGCGUCGACAACCCCGCGGGCAGCCCCUCUGGACUCUCAGUGGACCGCGAGCGCCGCGAAGGGUGAGAAACAGGCUCCUGGCCAACGCAUCUCCAAUGACAAUAUCAGUGGGGUGCUGCCGCCGCCAUCAUCGGCGAUGCGUCGGCGACGCGGCACUGUUGUCUCCGACAUACCGUCUGCAAUCUCUACGGGGGCACCUAUCGCUGCUGCUGGUGCUGCGGCGACGACGGAGACGUGGCGGGUGACCUCACCAGACGCUGCGCCUGCUCUCGUCGGCGCCGCCUCCACAGUGCCAGCUGUAACGGCAGCAUCAGCCAUUCCACUGCUCUCCUCGCUGCUGGCACCGGCUGGAUCGCUCGGCCUGGCUGUUACGAGCAGCGUCACCACCGUCGACGCACCGCCGAGUGUGUCUCCGCGAAGCGCUGACACCGCUGUCGAGCGCGCGCCAAGCGUGGAGGGCAAGCCAUCAGCUGCCGAUGUGGUUGGAAGCUCUGUGGAGACGCCCACCGAACCCAAGACAGCACUGGAGAAGCUUGGCGACCUGCUGAGGCAGCACCGACGGUGGAGUGCAGCGACGAAGCGACGAGACGCACCUGCAAGCGAGCAGCCGACGGUCCUGAGCACAGGCGAUACGUGGCUGGACCUUGCCGUGUCGGCGUUCGAGACCUUCGCGGUGGGCGACGUGGUUCCCGUGAAGCUGCUGUACGAGGCAUGGGCGAUGUGCGCGGACUGUCGAGGUCCGGCCCAACCACCACCGUCGCCGCACUCGGCCGAGGCACACGGCGCCACUUCAGGCCACUUUACACAUCGUCGCUGCAUACCUCUCUUCCACCCCUUCGUCACCUCGGUCGACCGCAGCAGCGCCGGGUCGCUCAGCCCGCUCGCGUUGCUGCGGCGGCAACUUGGAGCAGGUGACACCGGCGGCGCGCCGCCGGCCGCUGCCUCAACCCCCGAUGCCGAGGACGGAGCGACCGGAGAGAGAAAGGAAAUCGUGCACAUGGCAACGCCGGUGGAGGUGUGCUGGCUGUCAUGGUGGGGCCCAGCGCCGCCUGACGGGCGCCCUUCACGCGAAGCGGCGAUCCUCACCUGCGCCUGCUUAGAGCGCCAUUACCCCUCAUAUCUGCAAGACGUCUUUUGCGGCCAGCUCCGUGUGCGUGCAAGGCCCACCGUCGCGGCGUGGUGCACGGCAGCAGUCGCGUGCGCGCGUCGGCUGUGCCCGCUUUCGGCGCUGACGCCGUCGUUCGCGGACGCGUACGUGGCGUCGUUUGCGUGCUGCGUGGACGCGGAUGUCGCAGCGUGGGUGGCAGAGGUGCACCAGGAGGGGACGCCGACGACGGCGCCGACGCCCGGGUCCGACUCUGUCGAGCUGCCCUUCCUCCAGCGACAGCAACGGACGGCGCAGGUGGCCCUUCGCAGGGUGCUGGCGAAUCUGCAGGAGUCGCUGGCGGGGGCGUCGCCUUGGCGGGUCGGUCUGUUUCCGUGCAACCAUGCCUGGUGCUGCGGCCUCGAUGGGCUGCUCUACGCGACGCCUCAGUGGUGCGGCUACGGCGGGGUCCUGCUGACGGCGUCGUCGCCGUCUUUGCCGGCGCACACGUCGGUGGCGGCGUACCUUUCUCAAGGCGGCAGUGCCAACGGUGCUGGCGCCGCCCCUCCGCUGCGUGUUCUGAGCUUCAGAGCGCAUGAGCCGUCGUGGGCAGUGUGCUCGGUGCUUCACUAUCUUGGUAUUCGCCCGCUCUCGCAGGUGGCAGAGACGCGCGUGAGCUUCCACACCACCGUCGCCACGGAUGCCAGUGGCGUGCUGCAUGACAAGAUCGCCGCCAUUGUGCCGUACGUGCAGGCCUUCUGCCGCGCCUCUCUCCCUCUGUGGUACGGUGUCGUGUACGUGUCGAUGCGCGAGCGGCUCCGGCGGCUGCGAGUGGUGCUGACAGCUUCGGCGUCGCCGGUGCAGACGCUUCGCCUGCACAUGAACGGACACGUGUACGCGCAUGAGCGACAGCUUCGGCUGGGGUACGUUGCAGCGCACAAUGUCGUCUACGGCGCCGCUGAGGCGACCUCGGUCCCGAUGCUGGCCGAGGUGCUUCUGCCGCUGUUCAUGCCGGUUGGAAUGUCGGCAGAGGCCGACGUGCGACAGCUGCGUGACGUGAUCCUUCGCCUCCUCGGCGCCCUGUCUUCGCUGGACAGCUCCGUCGAGUGGCGCGACGGUGCUGACACCUCGCCACAGCAGCAGCAGUGGCGGCGUGAGCAGAUCGAGCACGUACUGCGGCCUGUCGCCAUGCAUUAUGGCCUAACCCCCUUUACUGGCGUAUCUAGCGCAGCACUCCCGCCCGCGUCCGGCGUGUCGGCCGGCGGGGUGGGCUCCGCACACGACAGCGAUGCUCACGACGCUCAAGCAGAGGCUCCGUUCACUCUCUCGUCGCGCGCCUUCAUACGCUAUAUGCCGAACUACCCCCCAGGCACCGACGCCAUGCGGCAACCACGCGGGUCUCAGCAAGCCCACACGGGGCAUCGAGGUGGAGAAGCAUCAGGCACGCAGUCGCUGACUCAAGCAAGCGCGCAGGAGCUCGUGGGGCAUGCGAGGCCCUUCUCGUCACGCACAGCUUCCAUAGCCAGGGCCGGCGGCGGCCUCAUGCAACGGCUCGGCGCGAACGGGCAGCUUUCCGUCACCCUCUCUCUCGGCGGCAGCACGGCGGUCGUGACGUCUACGGGUGCUUGGUCCAACUUCCCCAUGGAGCUCGACCUGGACGCCGUCGUAGCUGCAAGCGUCGUGGUCGGGGCUAUGGAUGGCAGUGGUCGCGGUGGAAACGCGACUGCAGCAGCGUGCGACCAUCAGGGAGACGGCGACGAUGACAGCAGCUCGACGCCGGGUAGCGAUGGUGACGUAGGCAGCAGUGCCGCUGUUGGAGGCGGCGAGGAAGAGGAGCAAGAUUCCUUCCUCACGUUCCAGUACCAUCGCCGGAGCGGCACCGCCUCCAGCGCGCUUCGAGGCAGCGGAGGCGGUGCCGAGUCCCGUAAACGGUUGCGCGCCGGUAAUAGCCACGCUGCUGGGCACGUGAGAGGACGACUCCGCGACGACCCUGCCGGGCGUGAUGUGCGCGCUGCCGGGAUGUGGCUUCGACCGCCUGCUGCGUCUGCCAUGACCGGCACGGGUGGCGACACCCCCGAGUACGCGGUCGCUGCAGAGCGCUACGUCUACGAACUACUUCGAGAGGAGUACGCCAAGCAAGUGUAUCAGGACGGUGUGCGCGUUAUUUGGAUGAAUGAGAGCUGCGAGGCCGGCUCGCCCUUCGACAUUCUCGUCAUCAAGCCGCGACGGCUGAGCAGCAUCAGCAGCGGCAACGCUAAGGUGAGCUGUAGCAGCUCCGUCGACAACAGCCGCUGGGACGUGGUGCAGUACGUGGAGGUGAAGUCCACCUGCACCGCCAAUCGGGAAGACUUCGAGAUGUCCAUGUCAGAGCUUCUCUUCGCCGCGCGCUUCGGCGCCGCCUACUGCGUCUACCGUGUCUUCGGCGCCUCGACGGACGCGCUGCAUCGAAUGAGGCAUCGUGUCUACACUGACAUUGUGCAGCUGUGGCAUAGGGCGCGGCUGACCAUUACCUCCGACAUCCGUGUCACGCCGUCGACAUGA